GUUGUCGAACUGUUCCUCUUUCUGGCCAUGUCGGAUUCGAUAGCUUGCCUGACCAGCUGGUUAACAAAUCGGUUGGCCAUGGUUUCUCUUUCAACAUCCUCUGUGUGGGGGAAACGGGCCUCGGGAAGUCAACCCUGAUGGACACGCUCUUCAACACCAAGUUUGAAGGAGACCCAGCGUCUCAUUCCCAGCCGGGAGUUCAGCUGAAAUCCAGUUCCUACGACUUGCAGGAAAGCAACGUUCAUCUGAAGCUGACCAUUGUCAGCACGGUGGGCUUUGGUGAUCAGAUUAACAAAGAGGACAGCUACAAACCCAUUGUAGAAUUCAUCGAUACUCAAUUUGAAGCCUAUCUGCAAGAGGAGCUGAAAAUUAAGCGGGUGCUGCAUAAUUACCACGAUUCCAGGGUCCAUGCUUGCUUGUAUUUCAUCGCUCCCACAGGACAUUCUCUGAAAUCCCUGGAUCUGGUCACCAUGAAGAAACUGGACAGUAAGGUGAAUAUCAUUCCUAUUAUUGCCAAAUCCGAUGCCAUCUCCAAGAGCGAGCUGACCAAAUUCAAAAUUAAGAUCACCAGUGAACUCGUGAGCAACGGGGUGCAAAUCUAUCAGUUCCCUACUGACGAUGAAUCUGUGUCAGAAAUAAAUGGAACCAUGAAUGCUCAUUUACCCUUUGCCAUCAUUGGUAGCACAGAAGAAGUCAAGAUAGGAAAUAAAAUGAUGAAGGCACGUCAAUAUCCAUGGGGGAUUGUGCAGGUGGAAAACGAAGCCCACUGUGACUUUGUAAAACUCAGAGAGAUGUUGAUCCGGGUAAACAUGGAAGAUCUUCGCGAACAAACCCACACGCGCCAUUAUGAAUUAUAUCGGCGAUGUAAACUGGAAGAAAUGGGAUUUAAGGAUUCCGAUCCAGACAGCAAGCCAUUCAGUUUACAAGAAACCUACGAGGCCAAAAGGAAUGAAUUUCUCGGAGAACUUCAGAAGAAAGAAGAGGAAAUGAGACAGAUGUUUGUCCAGAGGGUGAAAGAAAAGGAAGCGGAGCUGAAAGAGGCUGAAAAAGAGCUCCAUGAGAAAUUUGAUCGUCUGAAGAAACUGCAUCAGGAUGAGAAGAAGAAGCUGGAAGAUAAGAAGAAAUCCCUGGACGAUGAAGUCAACGCGUUUAAGCAGAGGAAGACAGCUGCUGAACUGCUUCAGUCUCAGACUCAGCAGGCAGGAGGUUCACAGACACUGAAAAGGGACAAGGAGAGAAAAAAUAACCCCUGGCUAUGUACUGAGUAAUCCCCUUUGAAUAUACUGAUCUGGGAUGUCGACCGUCACUUUAUUUAUUGCGCUCCCGUUCAGCCAUGGUCAUCUCACGGGCCUUCCAGAAUAUCAUUUUUAUAUUCCACGCAAACAAUUUACAUUUAUUUUGAUUUGCUGCUUUGGCUGUAUC